AUGACUAUGCUAAUAUUCAUGCUCUUUUACACCGUAGACGACAAGGCUCUGAAACUAAAUCAUCAGCCAAUCAAUUCAGUUACCCGACUCAAACGGCCUCGUCGACCACAAGCGCCGACUUUGACCUUUUCCAAUUCACCCCCUGCCACUCUUCCACCUUCACCCCUUAUUACACCUACGUCAUCGCCCUCCACCGCUUCGCCCUCCGCCUCCGCUUCGUCUUCUGGAUCAGUUGCCAGUCUCACGCUCUCCUCCCUCAUUACUUCCUACACCUCCUCCUCUCCUGAUCGCGGUGUCAUCGAUUUUCGGCCACAGAGAGGCCUUUUUCGUUCUUGCUCAGAUACCCCUCCCAUCUCUCCCGAGAAAAUUGUCGGAGCUGUCCCCACUUUCACUCCAAUCCCGGUACCUCUAGCUGGUGGAAGUUUAAGGGAGACAAUACCGCCGGAGGACGCCUAUGAACCGGUUUAUGAGGAACCGAUUCAGCUAGAAUGCCAAACUUACAAGUGUCCGACACCAGCUCUCGGAGCGCCUGGUUUGCAGAUAGCAUCUGCAGUUCAAGCCUCCGCCGCUGCCUCCUCCUCCUCCAACACUCCACCAUUCCGUCGUUCAGGUAGAAAUUGGUUGCCCUCAGGUGGGUGUUUCUUUCCACCACCUCACGCGGCUUCCGCACUGAAGUCGGAGUUCGUGGAGCUAAUGGACACGCUCGUGGCAUCUACUGCACUUGUUUCACCUUCGCUAAACAGAUAUGAUAGCGGAAGCACCAUUCGAUCGAAAUACGGGGUAAGAAAUCUCAUACUGAGAACGUUCUUCCAAAAAGCUGCUGAUAUGUCUCUGUACCGUUGUGACAUGGCCACUACUUCUUGUACUUAG